GAAGCAGCAGAAUUAUAAGAGGAAUGGAAAGAGCUCUUCUUCAUCAAGCCAAGACAGCUUUGCAGAAGCCAUGGCUAUGAAGAGAAUUGUAUUCCUCUUGAUUGGUUUGGCACUUUUGGCUGGACCAUGUUUAUCAAGUUCCCUUGGAAAGAAAUUUGUCACAGCCUUCCUAACCAAUUUAAAUCAAAACCAACGCAAUCCCAAGUUUGUGCUGCUCAUCACUGGAUAUCACCCUGAAACCAACGUCACAGUGACAGCAAACAAAAUGGUACAAAAAACCAUUUUUAUCACCAAAGGACAAACAUUUCCCAUUGAAUUUCCAGAAUCCCUGGAGAUCUUGCAAAGCGACAUCUCUGACAAGACAAUUUGGAUCGAAGCAGACAAAGAGAUCUCUGUGUUCUCCCACAAUAAUAAGGAUUACACAACUGGUGCCACAGUGGUGUACCCAUUGCAUCAAUUAGGAACCCUGUAUUACGUGGUAACUCCAGAGGGCAACAUGCAGAAUACAUUCAAGGAAUUUGCAGUUGUUGCCCAUGGAGUUCCUACUAGAGUUGAUAUUCGACUGCAAGGGACAGUGAAAUUUAAAGAAAAGGUUUACUUUGCAGGGGACAGACUGACAGUUGAUCUUCAAGCCUUUCAAACCAUCCAGAUUCAAAGCUCAGAUUAUUUAUCAGGCACCCAGGUUGAAUCCAAUGCAACGGUGGCUGUCUUGAGUGGGCAUAGCUGUGCUAUGAAGCACACACAUUGCGACCAUGUCAUUGAACAGCUCUUGCCUGUUUCCAGCUGGGGAACAAUGUUCCUCGUCCCUCCUCUAUCCUUCCAGAGGCGUUUUGACAUUGUGUAUGUAACUGCUUCUCAGCGUACUUCCAUGUCUUCCCAAUCUGGGCCAAACAAAGCCUCUUACCAAAUGGAAACUGGGGAGGUUAUCGAGCUAAAUGUUUGGCCCUCUCGGCCACUUUAUAUAUUGGCUGACCAUGGGGUCCAGGUCCUUUUUUAUUUCACUGGGUCUGUAAGAGGAAGUCGAUUGUAUGACCCAUUCCUCCUCAACAUCCCCCCUGUUACAAGCUAUUGCAACUCAUAUCAUAUCGUUGGAAUGAGUUCGUUUGAUAAUUAUGCUGUCAUCCUAGCCAAAACCCAAGAGUCCAGUGAAGUCACGCUAAACCAAAAGGUCACCAAGAACAUCCAUUGGAAACCAAUUCCUGGCACAGAAUAUUCUUGGGCUGAGCACAACUUGGGCAGAAGAGCAGCCUCCGCCUCCCUAGAGCACCCAAGCACUCCUUUUGGACUCUUCCUCAUUGGACUAUCAGAACGAGAUGGUUAUGGAACUGUGGCACUUUGUUCCUCCCCCUCCCCCAGCUGUCCAGCUAAUAGUCACCAUGAAGACUGUGCCAAUCUCUGCUCCAGCAGAUGUGCCGGAUACACAGAUCCAUGCCCACAAUCCUGCUCUGCAGGCUGCCAGUGCGAUGAUGGCUUCCUCUUUGAUGGCGUUAGCUGUGUUCCUCCUGAGAACUGUGGGUGCUUUGUGAAUGCAGGCCAACUCAAGCCUAAUGAAACAUUUCUGCUGAAUGAGUGCCAGGAGAUUUGCAUCUGCAUCCCAGAACAGGGUCUGAUAUGUGAGACUCACAGCUGUGGUGCCAAUGAGACUUGUGAUUUGCAAAAAGGAGCCCAAAGUUGUGUUUCCAAUGUCCCUUUAUCCUGCCCUGAGAACAGCCACUACGAGGCCUGUGGAACUGCCUGCCCUGCAACCUGUUCUGACCGCACCGCUCCCUUGACAUGCAAUGAUACCUGUGUUCCCACCUGCCAAUGUAACAAGGACUACGUUCUUAGUUCUGGUGAAUGUGUCCCAGUGGAGACCUGCAACUGCACUUAUCAAGGUACAACUUACAAGGCAAAGGAGGAGUUCUGGGAUGACGAAGACUGUCAUACUCUCUGCAAGUGUGACCCCACAUUAGGCAAGGUUGUGUGUCAAGAAGAUUCCUGCAAAGGCAACAAGAAGUGUAUGGUGGUCAAUGGAGUCCGGGGCUGUCAUGCCCUAAUUCAUUAUACCUGUAUAGGAUCUGGAGAUCCUCACUACACCACCUUCGAUGGGAAGAAAUAUGAUUUCAUGGGAACAUGUAUUUACCAGAUGGUGGGGCUCUGCUCAAAAGAUCCUACCCUCACCCCGUUUUUGGUCAGCGUGGAGAAUAACAACCGAGGGAACAAAGCAGUGUCCUUCACUAAAGUGGUGACUCUGGAGGUGUACAACAUGACCAUCAGUCUUAGCCAAGAGUACCCAAACAAGAUUCAGGUCAAUGGAAUCUUUGUCAACCUACCUUUCUUCUAUGAAAAUAAAAUCACAGUCUACACCAGUGGAGUCCAUGGCUUCAUCAAAACAGACUUUGAUCUGAAAGUCAGCUUUGAUUGGUACAGCUAUGCCAGGGUCAUUCUUCCCAGAACCUAUGCCAAUGCUGUCUGUGGGCUCUGUGGCAAUGCCAAUCAGGAUUCCAGUGAUGAUUUUGCCAUGAAGGAUGGUACUGAAGCCAAUGAUGAAAUCCAAUUUGCAAACAGCUGGAAGCUGAAGGAGACCCCAGGGUGCUCAGGAGGAUGUACAACUGAUUGUCCGGUAUGCCAGGAAACAGAAAAACAGAUCUAUAAGGAGGACGAGUUUUGUGGGAUCCUUGUUAAAAUGGAUGGGCCAUUCGGACCAUGUCAUGCAGCCAUUGACCCAACAUCCUACUUUGAAGAUUGUGUCUUUGACACCUGUGCAUACAAGGGUCACCGUGCCAUACUCUGCAUUGCCAUCACUGCCUACGUGACAGCAUGCCAUAAUCUUGGUAUUCAGAUUGGGCAGUGGAGAUCAACUUCUUUCUGCAGCCUUAUCUGUCCCCAGCAUUCUCACUAUGAGCUCUGUGGAAAUAGCUGCCCUGCUAUGUGUCACAAUGCCUCUUCAGAAACAUGUGAGGCAUGCGUAGAAGGAUGCUUUUGUGAUUCUGGAUUCCUCCUCGGUGGGGAUCAAUGCAUCCCUCAGGCAGAAUGUGGCUGUGUGCAUCAGGGCAGAUACUACAAGAAGGGAGAAGAAUUCUACUCUUCCACCUCCUGUGAGGAGAAGUGCCAAUGCAUGGAUCAUGGAACUGUCAACUGCCAGCAAUUCUCCUGUGGAUCUCAUGAGGUCUGCAUUCUGGAGAAUGGCAUUCUGGGUUGCCAUCCCAUUGGAUAUGGGACUAUGGUAGCAUUUGGAGGUGUUCAUUAUAUAUCCUUUGAUGGGGUAAUUGUUACAUUUCAUGGCACUUGCACCUAUAUCUUAGCCAAAGUCUGCAGCAAGGAUCCACAGGUAGUGGAUUUCUCUGUGUCAGUGGCGAACGAGAAGCUUGAUGGUGACCCCUUGAUACUCAUAAAGGAGGUUGUGGUCUCUAUUCAUGGAUAUACCAUUGUACUGGCGAGGACAGUGAAAUGGAAGAUUAUGGUUGAUGGAGAGUCUUAUACUCUGCCAGUGAACAAAGGGAAUGGAAAACUCUGGAUCACUCAGGAGGGGAAUAACAUCGUUGUCCAAUCCUCCUUUGGCCUCACGGUCCUCUAUGACACCUCUUCCUUCGUUCAUGUGUCUGUGCCUAGCAAUUACCAGGGACACAUGUGUGGCUUGGGAGGCAACUUCAAUGGAGACAAGAGGGAUGAUUUCAUGCUGCCCAAUGGAGAACACACUCCAGACAUGGAAGAGUUUGGGGCCUCUUGGAAGGUCCCUGGAAAUGGUACCAUUUGCUCUGAUGGCUGUGGGGAGAGAUGCCCCACAUGUAUGGCAACCAAGACUGAACCAUACAAGGCUGAGAGCUCCUGUGGAAUGAUCAUGUCCAAAUCAGGGCCAUUCAGAGAUUGUCAUGCCUUUGUGAGCCCUGCUGAGUACUUUAAGCAGUGUAUCUUUGACAUGUGUAGGACUGAUGGGAGAGAAGAAUCUCUCUGUCGGAGUCUUCAGGCCUACGUGACUGCAUGUCAAGCAUCUGGAGCCAAGAUUGGAGCCUGGAGAACAGCCUCUUUCUGCCCUCUCGCCUGCCCACCCAACAGCCAUUACGAGAUUUGCUCUUCACCCUGUGACACUAGCUGUGCCGGUUUGUCCACUCGAAUCCAGUGCACAAGGAAUUGCUUUGAAGGCUGUGAGUGUGAUGAAGGCCAUAUGUCAGAUGGGGAGGCCUGUGUGCCUAUUGAGAGGUGUGGCUGUGUACAUGAGGGACUCUAUCUCAAGGCUGGAGAGAGCAUCUUCUCAAACAACUGCACUGAGAAGUGCACCUGUAGCCGUAUCUCUAGCCAGCUCACCUGUGAAAAAGUGAAUUGCACAUCUGGAGAGACCUGUAUCUGUACAGAUAUGGUUGAUGGAUCUGGACAGGGAGAAGGCCACUGCAAGAUCUCCUCAGAAGCCCAGCUCAAUUCUUUCGAUGGUGGCUCAGGACAUUUCCUCUGCAGUGGGGUCUACGAUUUGGCUCUUCUUUGCAAUGACAGUGCCAUCCCUUGGUUCAGGGUCUCAGUCCGCAUUGGAAAGGACAGUGAUGAUGGACCAGUUGUUGGGGAGGCCAUCUAUGUUUUCUUCCAAGAUACAUUUAUCACUGUGAGAAAUAGCAAGAUAUGGGUAAAUGGACGCCCAGUAUGGCUGCCAUACAACAAGAAUGCUGUAUCUGUGAGACAGAUUCAGGAUGGGAGUAUGGUUGACCUGGAUUCACUGGUGCAAGUUCACCUUCAUCACAAUGGAGAAGUGAAGGUGAAGGUCAAGGAAAUCCUUGCUGGGAAGCUGUGUGCCCUGUGUGGAAACUUCAAUGGGGACAAGUCUGAUGAUUUGAAGCUGCCCACUGGGGAGUCAGAGAAGGAUACUGCUGAAUUCCUUCAUGCUUGGAAAGCCAAGGACUUAUAAAGUUUAAAAGGUCGUAUAUGGACACUUGCUCUGCAAUUUCAGCUCAAGACCUGCCUGCACACUGGCUUCUCUUUCUUUGGCCUUCUUCUGGAAGUGACGUGUGGCACUGAGCUUUGGAUUGACAUCAAAUAAAUAGACAUUAAGAACAUGCAUGUCCCAUGAAAACAUCAUUGUUUCCCACCUCCAUCAUUCUGUAACCAGGAACAGAAAAAAAUAUGUUGAGCCUCUAAAGGGAUUAUUCUAGUCUUGGACAUCUUCAGAAAGCAAAGCCUUUGCAUUGGGAUGACCUCGUUCCCAACUCGCUCAAUUCCCAAAAUAAAAACAAAGUGUAUAUCAGAGCCUUUUCAUACUA